GGGAUUGGGCUUCUCUCUGAGGUUUUUAAUUUUCAUGAGAUUCCUGUUAGGGUUAUUUGCCUAUCAGGAGCUCCUGUUCUUGAUAGGAAGUAUGACAAGUUGCCACCAUGUUUGGGUUUCAUUUUAAGAUGUUUUAAGGAAGAGGUUAAAAGGAUUUUUUGAACAGAACAGAUUUCUCAAUAUGACUUCAGAGACCACUUAUGCUGAAUUGAGUUUCAAAAAUGAAUCCAAGUCCUCAAGUACCAAAUCAUGGCCUCCUGCAGCUCCCAAAGAGAAGACCAGCCCACACAAAAGUAACCCCAGUUUUCCCAAGCUACUUUUUGCCUCAUUGCUGGUACUUCUGCUGCUACUGGCAAUCUCAUUUUUUAUCACUUUUAUCAUUUUUUUUCAAAAAUAUUCUCAGCUUCUUGAAAAAAAGACUACAAAAGCUCACACAGAAUUGGAAUGUAUGAAAGAAAAUUGGACCAUGGAAGAGAAAGAUUGGAGCUGCUGCCCAAAGGCUUGGAAGUCAUUUAGUUCCAACUGCUACUUUAUUUCUACUAUAAUAAGAAAUUGGACUGAGAGUGAGAGGAACUGCUCAGAAAUGAAGGCUCACCUGCUGGUGAUAAACACCAAGGACGAACAGGAUUUUAUCUUCCAGAACCUGGAUACAUAUUCUGCUUAUUAUAUAGGGCUGUCAGACCCAAAGGGAAAAAGAGAUUGGAAAUGGGUUGAUCAAACACCAUACAAUGAAAGUGUCACAUUUUGGCACUCGGGUGAACCCAGGAAUCUUGAUGAGGGUUGUGUUAAGCUACAUUUUCGUUAUCUAACAAGAAAAUGGGGCUGGAACGAUGUUCCUUGUAAUGGACAUCACAAGUCGAUGUGCAAGGUGAUGAAGAUCUACUUAUGAAUGGGAACAUUCUGCAUGAACAUGUAGUUGAAUUGGUAUCCACUAUUACAGAGAUAGCUAACUUGCUCUUCUUAUUCAUGUGUAAGUCUUGUGUAAGGAAUCUUCAUAGCAUUUUUCAGUAGGCUGUCACCUAUUCCAUUUAUGAUAGAAUCAGUAUACACAUUCAUUCAUUUGUGCCUUCUCCAUGUGUAGAAACCAUACUGGAGAGUUCUUUUGCAGACACAUGGAGGAAGCAUGAGCAUCCUUUCCAAAUUUUUGUUAGAGGAGUUAGAUAUUUUGCUAAGGAGUUAGAUAUUGAUAUAAUUAUAUGAUGGGGUUCCUCCAUCUGUCUGGAUUUUUUUUUUUCAUGAGGUUGGUCAAAAGCGAAAUAAUCCUGUUACUUUCCAUUCCUCUCAGACAUCUUUAUUACCUUUAACUGAAGCAUAUUAUGUGACAGUUGGAAUAUGAUACACAUCAGUGGAAGUUAAGUUCCAGCUUUGUCCCAGUAGACUAUUUGGGGUUCUUAACAUUCUCUGUUCAGUCUUAGACUGUCAUUUAACAUCGUGUACAGUUGAAGGGAAAUCAGAAAUUGAACAUUAGAGAUUUAGAAUUAGAAGUUAUUACUAGUGAGUUGACAUAGAUUUAUAAUCCCUACUUUUUUUCUUUGCUUCAGUUUUAUAGUUUCUGUGUGUAGAUUGCCACUCAGAAUGGCUCCUGGUUUAUUCUUGUUCCCCUUUUCACUGAAGUUCUUACUGACCAUUUUAUUUAUACUACAAUGUAUAACAUAUUUAUUUUUACAUAUUUACAGUAAAGCCUGUUAUUCAUUGCUUUCAUAUGCUAAUUAUAAUUGAUCAUAAUAAAGCUGAUUCUAGCCAUGGC